AUGGCUGCUAACAACUCAUUGCCUGGUGACGAUUUCUUGCAGCAAAAGGUCAAGCUCAUUAUUGUACAGAUCCUGGUGGGGAUUUUUCUUUGCAUCAACUUGAUGCUCAUCGUGACCUUUUUUAAAAAGGAGUGCUUCUACAAAACAACACGUUAUAUCUUAUUUGCUGUUACAUUACUGUCAGAUAGUUUUUUUUUAUUCAUGUCAGAUUUCCUGCUCAUCAUGAACUAUUUUGUGUUUACCAUUCAAGUUUGGUUGUGUGUCGUUAUCUCUGUUGUGGUACUUUUGUAUCUUACAGUCACACCAGUUACUCUGACAGCAAUGACCCUGGAGCGCUACGUGGCCAUUUGCAUGCCGCUGCGCCAUGCGGAGCUGUGCUCCACACGCAGCGCUCUGCACUGUAUCCUCAUCAUUCAUGGCCUCAGCUCUGUGCCCUGCCUUCUUAUUCUCUCCACCUUCUUUGUAUCAGCAUCUCUUAGCUUCUACAAACAAUAUCAGAUAUGUUCAGUGGAGAUGUUUAUGUUUUACAUAUGGCAGCAACAUUUCAGAUCAGCUUUAUAUCAAUUCCAGUUUUUGAUUAUGUGUAUCAUCAUCGUUUUGUCCUACUUGAAAAUAAUGAAAGUGGCCAAAGCUGCAUCAGGAGAGAAUAAAAAGUCCACAAGGAAAGGGCUCAGAACAGUGGUUCUUCAUGGUUUCCAGCUGCUGCUCUGUCUCAUCCAGCUGUGGUGCCCAUUCAUAGAAGCUGCUUUACUUCAGAUUAAUUUGGAUUUAUUCAAACAUGUCAGGUACUUUAACUACAUAAUGUUUAAUCUAGCACCAAGAUGUCUGAGUCCUCUCAUUUAUGGCCUCAGAGAUGAAGUUUUUUUUCAUGCACUGAAAGACUAUGCUUCCUUUGGCUUGUAUAAAAGAAAUAUUAUUUGA